AUGCCCAAUUUGAAGAUUGUGUUCACUGUCAAUUCUAUUCUUCUAGCCUUAAUGUUUUUCAAUGGAAGUUUUUCAGCUAUGGGAAGGCCACUGAAAACAUCAUACGAAAACAGUGUUAAAGAAAUGGCUACAGCAGAAAACAAUAUUCUCCUGUGGCGCCGUAGCAUCUUAGAAAAUGCUUUUGCGACCAAACUAGAUUCUAAGAAUCCACGUGAUUAUAACGUUGUUGAAAAAUGGAUCGAUGAUUUCCGACCAACGGAUCCCGGUCACAGUCCCGGCGCUGGCCAUUCCUCCCCAAACCCCAGGGAAGCCAACUUGGCUCAAAGGCCAUAG